AUGGAAAAUAAAAAUUUCACACAGAACAUAUUUUUCAAAGGAUUUAACGAAAGAAGAGUAAAUUACUUAAAUGUUAAUGCAAACAGAGAUUUGGAAAACGCGCACAGUGCAAAUACGUCCUUAGCAGUGACUCCAAUUAAAAGUAUGAACGACGAAAAUAAUUUGCACAAGUUCAAUACACAGAAUAUAAGUGGAACUAGGCAAACGGUAAAUAAUAUGAUAAAUCAAAAUGAAUAUGUAAAUAAAUCUGAAAAUUCGAUAAAUUUCAAUAUGGAGCAUACAAAUACUGCUUAUGCGAACAAUAAUUUGUUAUAUUUGAAUAAUAAAUUGAAUGCAAACAAUAUGAACAGCAAUAAGCAUAACAACUUAGGAAUAAAUGGAAUAGGAGUGCUGCCAUCCACCACCUCGUCAUCCAUUGCACCUGCAUCAGCUAGCGAAAUGAAUAUUAAUAAAAAUAUGAAUAAUCAAGGCAUGUACUCAGAUGUAAACAAUUUUGAUAGGAUCCAUUUGAAUGGGUUAAAUAUGAAUACCUUCAGCAGCAAUAGGAAUAUAAAUAUGAAAAGUAAUGAUUAUAUGCAUACAAAUAUACAGCAGAACUUAGUUUUUAUGGAUUCAAAGGACGCAAAUAAGGGAGGUCAACAGGACAUUGGUUUUAGUAGGGGUACCCAGCUUUUGAACAAGCCGGUUGGGAGUAAUCACAUUGGAGCCAAUGCACACGGGAUGGAGAAUCACAUAGAUGCAUAUCUAAUGAAUCGUGUGAAUAACAGUGAACAAAUGCAAACCCCUGGAAAAAAUAUAGAGGGAUACAAAGGAAGUUACGUUGAAAGUAAUAUGAAAGAGGGCAUAUUUGGGAAUAUUUACCAUUCUAUUCACAGAGACACAGGGAGGGUAAAUGAUAAGAACACUACUCUCCCCAACACUAAGAACAGUAUAAAUACAUUCAUGAAUCCUGCUAACUCAAGAAAUAAAUAUGCUAUGAAUGAUGCAAUAAUAAAUUCUGUAUCAUACGAAACAGGUGAAAAUGUGAACAAUACAAAGGAUGGUAAUUUGAAAUUAUUCGAUAAUAACAAAACUAAAAUAAAAGACAUAGAUAAAUCUAAUAUAUCCAUAAAUCCUCUUGGUCAAAAUAUUUCCUUAAGUAAUUUUACUAACAGUUUAAAUAAUCAUAAGCACAGAAUAAAUGAUAACAACAAUUUUACGCAGUUAAAUAAUUUUAAUACCACUAUGGAUAAGUUAGACACAUAUAAAUUUACAUCUGCACACAGUAGAAACAAUUUACAUAAAGGAACGUUAUUAAAUAACACUCUCCUUAGUGGUACUAUUAACAGUAACAGUAUGAACAUUCAGAAUAUAAAUGUUACAGGUGGAAAAAGCAACCUUCAAAGUUAUAAUAAAAACGGAAUAAUGAAUUCGUCAAAUAUGAAUGUUAUUGGUAUAGAGGUUGAUGGAGUGUCAAAUCAUUUCCCUUCCACAGCAGCUGUUGCUUCCUCAGCUUCUGUUGGUAUUAAUAACACAGGUGGAGUUGUGAAUAUAGGCCAUGAUGACAAUGUGGAUCUCAUAGGAAACCUGUCAAAUGUGAACAUGGUAGGAAUUCCAAAUGCAAACUUAGCUAACUUUUCCAAACACACCAACCUUAUGAACAUAGGAAAUAUUCACAAAGAAAUUACCGAUGGGCAGUUAAAGGGAAGAGAAAACUUAAUAAAUUAUGGAUAUGCGAAUGAUAAGGGAAAGAUGAAUGACUUGUCCAUUGCAAUGGGUACAAAUGGCUCGAAAGUUGGAUUACAUAACAAGGCAGCUUCAAAUUAUAACAAUUUGAGUCUGUUUAGAGGAAAUGUUAACCAUGUGAGUAAUAGCGCUUCUGUUAAUACGAAUCGAAUGCACGAGUUAAAUUAUGCUGGAGGUGUCAAUAGCAUUGGCUGUAUGAACAAUAUGAACAAUUUGAACAAUAUGAACAAUAUGAACAAUAUGAACAAUUUGAACAAUUUGAACAAUAUGAACAAUUUGAACAAUAUGAACAAUAUGAACAGUAUGAACAAUAUGAACAAUUUGAACAAUAUGAACAAUAUGAACAAUUUGAACAAUAUGAACAAUAUGAACAAUUUGAACUGUGGAAACAGUGGCGGCAACCUGCACUACAUCACUAAGGGUGGUGAACAGAACACGUACCAGGGAAUAGCUAGCUGUCUAAAGGGAGAUGAGGAAAAUGUAGAUGUACAAAGGGAAAAGGCAGCGAUCAAAGGUGCAGUGUCAGAAGGAAGUGUACCCAUGAGUAGCUCAAAUCAAAUCGAGACCAACCACACGGGUUCCAAUAAAAGCUCAUCGAAUCAUAACGCUAUCACUACAGAUAAUUAUGCAAACAUGCUGAAGCAGCUAUGUACACCUAUUAAAAACAGAUUACCUAGUAAUACUACAGAUAACUUAAAUAAUGGAAAUAUAGAGGAGUACAAUAAUCAGGAUGGAAAAUUAUCUUUUGAAAAUACAAACGAGAGUAGCAGCAUAGGAGUCAAUGAAAAGAGCACGGUAGGUAUAUUUCGUGACAUUGGUGGCUUAACAGGAAAUGUAGAUGAAACACAAGUGAUGAUAAGUAAUAUCGGGACAAAUCAUACUGGUUUUGUUAAAAAUGUGGAAAUUCCACAUAAAGAAAUGAACAAUAUUAGUGGUAAUAACAGUGGAGUAUCCAACUGGGGAAAUGUGUAUGAUUUGAAAAAGCUGAAUUUGUUUGCAGAGAAAAAACGGAAGGACAAAGAGGAUAAUCAGGAAAAGAAAUCGAGCAGAAUUAAGAAAUCUAAAACAAAAGUGUUUUUUUAUAUAAAUCCAAAAUAUAUUAUUGAACCUUUGAAAAGAAAAAUUUAUCAAAAUAUGUCUGUGUAUAUCGAGAAUUUAAUAAGUGACAUUCAAGCUACUGAGAAUAAAAAUCGAGCAGAGAUAUUGACAGAUUUACACAACACUCCGUGGUUUUGCAUGAUUUUCGAUUUCGAUGGAAUCAGUAAAUUGCUGAAUGUUUUCAACAAAUAUUUAAUAUACUCAGACUCGUUGAUAAUUCCGGAUGCCCUUAUAGGGAACAAGCUGGAGUCUGAGAAUGUCACUGUUGGGUUCAAUAGCCAAGCCAAGAGAGACGAACCCAAAGGCGAAAUGGACUAUGAACAAGAGGGUCAGAACCAGAAUCAGAAUCAAGAGCAAAAUCAAGAGCAGAAUCAAGAACAGAACCAGAAGCAGGAGCAACACUUUCACUACUUCUUCAAAAAGAGCGACAAAAUAGAAUCACUAAAUAAAAAAAUACACGAAUAUGAACACAAUAUUAUUGAGAACGCGGAGAAGUUAAGUUAUCUAAAAGAGUUGUGCAAUUCCUUAAAGCAGCAAGUGGAUAUGAAAAAGAAAAAACUUAUACUCCUUAUAGAAACAGCCAAAUUGAAGAAAAUUGCUUACAAAAGCAAAGAACUCCAAAUGGUUAUCGAUACUGAAAAAAAUUGUGCAUUGUCAACACGGGAAAAUCAGCAGUUAAAUCUGAAUAAAGAGUAUUAUGCCAUGUUUAAACAAAUUAAUGACGGGCUAAAUUUUCUAAAAAAAUACUCCAACAUUAUUGUCUCAACGCAAACAAUGCACAAUGAAAUUAUGAAUGAUGAAGAAAACAAAAAUAUGUACCAUUCGUCUGUAUCAACAGAAGAUCUAAGCUUUGAACACAACCUGAACGAUGAUGAUGAGGAGGAGGAGGAGGAGGAGAACGACAACAAUGAUGAUGAAGAAGUAGAAGAGGAUGAAGAGGAUGAAGAGGACGAGAAUCGAAAAGAUAAUGAUGAUGAUAAUGAAGAUGGACAACGAAAAGAUAAUGGCAAUACGGUUGAUCACGCCUCCAAUGAACAUAUGAAUAACAAGCACAUGACAUCAAGGAAAAAAAAAAAGAAAAGAAAAAAGAGAAUUGCCAAUGAAGACCUUUUGUUGAAAAAAAAUCGAUCCUAUGAUGCUUUAGACGAUAAGGCUGAUAAAGAAAUAAGCAAAAAAAGAAAAACAGUGAAUCAGGUUAAAAAUUUGCAAUGGGAAAAGGCAGAUAAUGAAGAGUGGGUAGAUGAAUUUUUGGAGGACUUUUGA